CCAUCCUUUAAUGAUGUCAAGUGUUGUUUGGUCUAUAUGCCUUGUGAUGCUUCUUCUCUUCACUUCAAACUCAUGGUCUCAACAUAUAAUAACCACCUAUGCAUUAGGAAAUGAGACCGAUCAUUCUGCAUUGCUCAAAUUCAAAGAAUCAAUAUCUGAUGAUCCUUUUGGGGUGUUCAACUCAUGGAAUAGUUCAAGCCACUUUUGCAUGUGGCAUGGAGUCACAUGCAACCCAAGACACCAAAGAGUUAUAGAGCUAAACCUAACCGGAUAUCACUUGCAUGGAUUUAUAUCACCCCAUAUUGGGAAUCUUUCUUUUUUGAGAAUUCUUCUCCUUGAGGACAAUAGCUUCUAUGGUGAAGUCCCACAAGAAUUGGGUCGUUUAUUCAGACUAUAUGUACUCUAUUUCACCAAUAACACAUUAGGGGGGGAAUUUCCCAUCAACUUGUCAAAUUGCUCUAAAUUGAGCCAUUUAAGUUUAGAGGGAAAUAAUUUCUUUGGUGAAAUACCAAGAAAGAUUGAAUCCUUUGCCAACCUAAAAGAAUUGUGUAUUCGUAAGAACAAUCUAAUUGGACACAUCCCACCUUCUAUAGGAAAUCUGUCUUCCCUAACUCGGCUUUCCUUGAGUGCAAAUAAAUUGGAAGGGAAGAUACCAAAAGAAAUUGGCUCUUUGGAAAACUUAAGAAUUUUGGGGAUGUCAGGUAAUAAACUAUCUGGUGAUAUUCCACUUUCCUUAUACAAUUUGUCAUCUCUCAUUGUUUUCUCAAUCACAAACAAUCAUAUCAGCGGUUCUUUUCCAACCAACAUGUUCCUCACCUUACCUAAUAUCAAAACUUUUACGGUAAGUGGGAAUCAAUUAUCAGGUUUAAUCCCAACUUCCAUCUCUAAUGCAUCUGGGAUUCAAAUAUUGGAUAUUGGUGGAAACCACUUGGUAGGACAAGUCCCAAGUCUGGUGAAGUUACAAGAUAUUUCAACUCUACAACUAAGUUUAAAUAACCUUGGGUCUUUUCCUAGUUUUGUGGGCAAUUACACCGUCAAACUCACCCAACUAAUGGCUGGUGGUAAUAAAUUUAUUGGAAAAAUUCCUAUGGAAUUAGGAAAUCUUGUUAACUUAAUUGUUUUGGCUAUGGAGAAAAAUCACCUAACUGGCAUCAUUCCAGCUACUUUUUGCAAGCUUCAAAAGAUUCAAUUAUUCAGUUUGGGGGAGAACAAAUUGUUUGGAGAGAUACCUCCUUCCAUAGGCAAUCUAAGUCAGUUGUAUUACCUAGAAUUGUCAUCCAAUAUGUUUGUUGGAAAUAUUCCUUCAACAAUUGGAAAUUGCCAACAUUUACAAUUUCUACAUCUUGCAGCUAACAACAUUACAGGAGCCAUACCGUCACAAGUGUUUGAGAUUCCAUCUUUAUCAACUACACUAAACCUAUCAUAUAACUCGUUAAGUGGCAAUCUACCAGUAGAAGUGGGCAUGCUAAAAAAUAUUGAAUUGCUAGAUGUGUCUGAAAAUUAUAUCUCUGGUGUCAUUCCUGAAACAAUUGGAGAAUGCAUAACCUUAGAGUACCUUAACUUAGAGGGGAACUCCUUCCAUGGAAGCAUACCUACUUCAUUGGCUUCGUUAAAAGGUCUUAAAUAUUUAGAUCUUUCAAGAAACAACUUGUCUGGAUCAAUUCCAGAAAGAAUACAGAACAUUUCUGUUUUGGAAUACUUCAAUGCUUCUUUCAACAUGUUGGAGGGUGAUGUGCCAAAGGGUGGUGUCUUUCAAAAUGCAAGUGCAAUUUCUGUGAUCGGUAAUGGCAAGCUUUGUGGUGGGGUAUCUGAACUAAAACUUCCACCUUGCGCUUUAAAAGCAAAGAAAAGAAGAAAACACCGUGAUCUCAAGUUAAUAGUGGUGAUAAUCUGUCUAGUUCUUUUUCUUCCUAUACUAUCAUGUAUCUUUGGUAUGUAUUUGAUAAGGAAAAGGCACAAAAAAUCAUCCACCAAUAGAACAAUUGAUCAACUUCCAAAGGUAUCAUACCAGAAUCUACACCAUGCAACUGAUGGGUUCUCAUUGCGAAAUUUGAUAGGAAAAGGAAGUCAUGGAUCUGUAUAUAAAGGAAGUCUUGAAUCGACAGAAAAAAUUGUUGCUAUAAAGGUUCUAAAUCUGCAAACGAAAGGAGCUAACAAAAGUUUUAUUGCCGAAUGCGAAGCAUUAAGAAAUGUUCGACAUAGAAACCUAGUGAAGGUUGUCACAUGUUGCUCUAGUGUGGAUCACAAUGGAAAUGAUUUUAAAGCUUUAGUGUUCCAGUACAUGUCAAAUAGAAGCUUAGAGGAAUGGUUACAUCCACAAAAUGGAAAUACAGAACGACCAAAAAGAUUGAAUCUUGAGACAAGAUUAGGAAUUUUGAUUGGUGUUACUUCAGCACUACAUUAUCUUCACCAUGAAUGUGAAGAACCUAUCAUUCAUUGUGAUUUAAAGCCAAGUAAUAUUCUUCUUGAUGAUGACAUGGUUGCUCAUGUGAGCGAUUUUGGCAUAGCCAGACUUCUGUCAACAAUUAACCACUACCAAAUUAGUACAAGCGGAAUAAAAGGCACUAUAGGUUAUUCUCCCCCAGAGUACGGAUCAAGUUCUCAAGUGUCAACAAAAGGUGACAUGUAUAGCUUUGGUAUUCUAAUUCUGGAGAUGUUAACUGGGAGACGACCAACAGAGGAAAUGUUUAAAGAUGGACACAAUCUCCACAACUAUGUUAAAAUUGCAUUUCCAAAUAACUUCUUGGAAAUUGUCGAUGCUACUCUUAUCUCGAUGGAAAUUGAAUAUCCGACAAUAACAAUAUCAGAACAAAACAAUAUCUCUGAGAUUGUAGAUCACAUGCAUCCUAAUACCAAGAAGUGUUUGUUUUCAUUAUUUAGGAUUGGUCUAGCUUGUUCGGUGGAGCCACCAGGAGAAAGAAUGAAUAUGAUGGAAGUGACCAGAGAGCUAAAUAUGAUUAGAAAUGCUUUUUAUGCUAGAAGGAUGAGAGACAUUGGUGGUGCUAGUACUAGUGGAUCCAUGGUGAUGAUGCCAAUGGCAGUUCCAGUGGAGGUUAGAUCAGGAACAUUCUGGAAGGGAUAA